GGGGGGGGGGGGGUCAUAGGAAAUGUUUAUUUUAUUCAACAUUCAUGCUUUUUGUUGUUCAAUGAAAGAAUAGAUUAUAGUUCUACUCACAAAUAAAUCUAAGUCAAAAUUUUCAUUUUUGAAAAAUUUGUAUUUGAUUUGCAUGCAUGUCUGCUUAUGACCAAACAAAAUUUUUAUAUUUAUGUUCGUAUAUGAUACACGUUGUAUAAUACACCAAAUUCACAAUUAAUUUCCUUUAAUUACAGUUAUUUCUCAUUACAUUUCCAGCUUGGAAUAUUUAAAAAAAUUCCACAGCUUAACUUCUCAUGGAAAGUUUCUGGAACGUUUCUGUCCCUCUGCAGCCCUAAAUGAGACCAACUAAUAUUUCCUGUGUAGUGCUAAACAUAUAAAUGGACAGCAAAAUAUUCUGUCUUGGGAAAGCCUAGAUAGACCAUGACUUGCACAGCACAUUACUGGGCUGUGCCAGACAAGCCAAAGCAAGUUACUAAAGGGGGUCAAGAAUGUAGUUUAAAAAAAAAAAAAAAAAAAAAAUUGAAGGAAAGGCUUGUUCCAUCGUUGCUAAGAUUACUCAGGUAUCGUAAUGUGUUUUAAAGUUUUCUUAAAAAAAAGAUUACUACUUUUUAUUUUGUUACAAACGGAAAAAUUUGUAACAAGCUGGAAAUUAAACCACUAUAAUGCCACUCCAUAAACUCAUUUUGCUGGAAAAUGAUUGCAAUGGUGCAAAACAUUACUGAUUGGUUUAGUAUUUUUUAACGCAUUCUUACUAUUGCUUUCUCUGAAGCUCACAAAUCAUUUUUGUAAUUUCGACAAAACCUCAUCUACGUAAACCAGUUAGAUAACAUCAUCUUGAUGACAAAUCAGCAGAAUUUGCAACAGCAAUGUAUGUCACAGAAAACCAAACAUGGAUUUAUAAGAUUGAUGUAAAAUUUGUAAAUUUACUAACAGAAUGUAAAAACCAAUGGCAAAUAAAGCUGCAUAAUUUCAUUGUGUUUCAAAAAUAAAAAUUAAGUAAUAGAAAUGAAAUGUGCUUACUGUAUGAAUUUUAGCAGUGAAUAAAGUCUACUUGUCUUCUGUAUGUGACUACAAUGAAAUGUUUAAUGUGUGGGGGAAAAAAAAAAAAAAAAAUGAAAUAAGUUCUUAAAAAAAUUAGCCAGUAUGAUUCACAAAAUGUUCAGGCUGUAUAUACAUUUUUGCCCACUAUUUCAAGUAGAUUACAUCUGUAUCCAGAGCUGAACUACUAUAUUAAUAAUAAAUCCACACACCCCCAUCCAGAUCUGAAGAGAUAUAUGGCACAUGCACCCACACACACAAGUUUAUUGAUUUAGUGAGACGAUAUAUAAGGUCUUAAUAUCUGUUAAAGACACCUUCACUCAAGCAUGACCGCGAACAGAGCAUGUUCAGCUAGCCAAGAGAGAUCACAGAGAAGAUUCAGAUAAAAAUGGAUGAGAUAACACAAAAUGGUAAGUUUAUUCUAUGUAUUUUAUCUAUGCUAUCUAAAAUUUAGAUGCCAUCUACAAUUUUCCCCAUCAAGAAUAGAUUGUUAUCAGUUUCUGAGUCUCUCCUUUACGCACUCAAUUUAAAAAAUAAUAAUAAAAAAAAAAUACCCAAAAUUACCACUAUAUGUGCAGUUCUGUUAAUAUAUAGCAUAUAACAUAAGCUGUAUACUGAGCCACAUUUCUACAUUUAUAUAAAAAAAAAUAAAAAAAAAUAAAAGUAUAUAAAUCCACUCAGGUUUUGUUUAUAAAUUACAAAUUAGUAAUAUUGAUUCAUUUAUGCUGCCUUUAUAUCUUAUUUUUUAUAAUAUUAAAAGAAACAUUUCUGAAAAUAUUCUUUAGUAAAUCAGACAAAAUUAAGUUUAUUCAAUUAAUUUAACAUGCAUAAGACAAGUUUAAAUGUGCACAUUUACAGUGUGUGCAAAUAACAGGCAGCUUAACAUUAAUAAAACUUCUACAGUUCUUUACUGGCAGCAGCGGCUGCUUUCUAAAUUAAGCACUCUUCUGUCAUAAUUCAAUCACUUUACCCUUCCGUUUCAUAAACCCAGAUCAUAUAGACACAGCCGUCCUAGCUGGUUAUGACCAGGUGGUUUGCUUUAUAUGAAGAGGAAGUUGUAACUUUGCAAAUUUCCUUCUACAGUUUCAGGUGGCUAUAUGAAGAGGAGUCACUUGGACUUUAAAUGAUGUAGCCAAAUUUUAAAAAAGCCUAACAUGCGAGAUCACGAGAUUUUUUGUAAUCAUAAAGUAGUGGUAUAACUGCAAAGCUAUUGUCCCUCUCGCCAAAAGAAGGUUCCUCAUUUGGUUCUGUACUGCAAGAGGCAGGUUUUGACUGAUACAAUCUAGGGCGGCCCAAGCCGAAAGUGAUCAUGGAUCUCCGUAACACAACAAACAUGUCUAUUCAAGCCAACUGCACGGUGGACACCAGCUACCGUUUCACCUACUACAAGAUCUCCUACAGCAUGAUCUUCAUAUUCGGUGUCGUCAGCAAUGCCACAGUGCUGCAACGUUUCUGCCGCAUGCCUCGAACAUUCACCAGCACGGGCGUCUACAUGGCCAACCUGGCUGCUGCGGAUAUCUUCUUUGUUACCUCCCUCCCCCUGCGCAUCUAUUAUUACCACAACAAAGCUGCCACCUCCAACCGCACCAGCGACUGGUCUCCAGGAGCUGCUUUCUGUCAGCUGACCUUCACGUUGAAGUACAUCAGUCUAUACGGAGGAAUCUUCUUCCUGGUUUGUAUUGGAGUAGACCGCUACUUUGCUGUGGUUAACCCUCUACUUCAGCACCUGAGGAAGGUCCGUACUGCCCGCAUGCUCAGUGCUGGGAUCUGGUGCCUAGUCCUAGCCCUCAGCCUCGCUCUACCCUUCCUGCAUUCGGUGGCAUCCCGACGGCACAAGUCGUGCCUUAUGGAUCCUUCUUCCAAACGUCACCGUACUAUUAUUUUAGCUUCUCUCGGCCUGGUACAAAUUGCCCACCUGCUGCCCGCGCUGCUCCUGCUGUUCAGCUACUGCAGCAUACUCCGCGUGCUCUGCAGGCUGCCGCACCGCAGGAAGGUCCGGCACCGACGCACACUCACCGUCAUCUACUGGGUCCUGGUGGUCUUUUUCCUUUGCUUCACCCCUUACCACCUAAAUCUACUGGGUUACACUCUCACACAGGUGGGCCUUGUGCACAGCUGUGGACUUGCUCAAGUCACUAAAGCUCUCCAUCCCAUAGUGCUCUCGCUGGCCAGCACCAAUUGCUGCUUAAACCCCCUCAUUUACUACUUUUCCAGCAGCCUGGUGCACAAAGAGCCAAUCGGCAGUAGAGGAAGUGCUAGUCAAUGAGGUAUUUGCUCAGCAAUGUAACUAGUUGCUAGAAUAGGCUGAAUGCUUGCUAAAUAGUUGCUUCAGUGACUGACUGAACGAAACAAUCGACAUAAAUGGCAG